GUGAUUAUCGUUCUUUUCUCCCCCGUGGCAGUGGUGGGAAAUGCAGUGGUUUUGACGGCGAUUUGGAAGAAUUCCUUUCAGAGAACAUCUUUUCAUAUUCUUUUGAGUGUUUUGGCGUUUACGGACUUGUUAACUGGUGUUACCAGCCCUCUUUUUUCCAUUCCCUAUUUGCUGAACCAUGGGUUUGGAGUUGUCUCAUUGCCUGGCAUUCUCAUGAGUACAUACCUGGUGUGUCUUACGACACUUGUUAUAGCGCUUAUGUCUUUUGAACGAUGGCUGCACAUGACUCACCGAUCCUUACUCACAUCACGCCGUGGAUGUCUUACCGCUAUCAUAUCCCUGCUAGUGCCAAUUCCCUUAGUCACUUUGCAGGCAUUGAACUUCAUCACAGAGAAAAUGGAACUAGAAACAAAUGCUGCAAUGGGUGCAUAUGCGCUAUCGUGUUACUUUGCCACAUCUUUUGCAUAUUUCAAAGUGUUCCGUAUUAUUCGACAGCACCAGCAACAAAUUCGUGGGAGCCAGUCUCGUCAAAAUUUUGGUCAAGCAGCGAUCGACUUGGCAAAGUAUAAGAAAUCCAUCUUUUCAAUCUUGUACAUUCUUGCGUUGUUUUCUUUGUGUGUUUUGCCUUUCAUUGUUUCGCUUUUUCUCCUUGUUCUUUUGGGUGAGGAUAACGGAAGUUGGGCGCCAUAUCACGUAUCUUUGGUGUUCUUACUUUCAGCGUCCUGCCUCAAUCCUGGUCUUUAUAUUUGGAGAAUGAAAGAUGUUCGUGAUGGAGUGAAACAGUUGUGUCGUUGCACAAACGGAUUCCACUAGAUAACCAUCGUCGAGCAGAAUUGUUCUUCAACACUGUACAUAAAUUGGGUUCUUCGGAGAGCAACACAAUUUGCAACCCCUCGAUCCAUCUUCUCCAUUCAAAGUUAGGAUUUUUGUCGUUUAUUACAGAAAGCUUGUACAGAGGAACAACAUUGCAUGGAGGGGAAGGGGGGUGGCGGAAAGCUAAAGUUUUCUCUUCUGAAGGCGGCAAAACGUCACAAAGGCCCUUUAAGGCAAAGUUUCUCUGACACCUGAUUUUAUUGCCGAUUUUUAAGUAAUGUAUUAUCGAUCUUUCAUCUGUAUUAUCAGUGCUGUUAUAAAAGAUUUUUUUGAGGAAAAAAUUGGCAAAAGUGGAGUCCGGAAAACGGUCAUGUUUUCUCUCCUAAAAUGAAAUCGAUGUCAGCAACUGGAAAAUAAUAUGAAUUUCAUAAUAUACUAAAAGCAAUGUCAACAACAGUCAACAAAGAAAAAGAAUAUUGGAAACCGUACAUCGAAUUAAAUAGAAGUAAUUUCAACUCAGCACACACAGCUGCAAAAACUUCCUAGUGAAGCAGUUCCUUGUGAAGGAAGGUGUUCAUCAGUGAACUGAACACGGUGCCUAUGCAAACUGUUCCAAAGUUGUGUCUUCUGGCCCUGUUUUUAUAGUAACAUAGGUAUAUUUUUUAGCUCAGUUUAUUAACACCGUUAGAAGCUAACGAUUUUCCGAUCAAUUUCUCAAGCCAAGCGGAGUCGUAAAAGACAUUUUUCCCUCAGGAGUACUGAAGUAAACCAAGCUGCGCCGUCAUAAUGAACAACACGACUUGGCCCAUUCCAGUAAAUAUCUCCAUCUUUAGCACCCUGAGCACUGGAGCAAGUGCUAAAGAGACAGACAGUAUUUUAGUAGCAAGUCAUGUGAUCAUCGUUGUACUCGCGCCAGUAGCAGUGGUAGGAAAUGCACUGGUUUUGACGGCGAUUUGGAGAAAGUGUUUUCAGGGGACAACAUUUCACAUUCUUUUGAGUGUUUUGGCGUUUACGGACUUGUUGACUGGUGUUGCCAGCUCUCUUAUUCGCUAUUUGCUGAACCAUGAGUUUGGAGUUGUCUCCAUAUCAGGUAUUCUCAUUGGUGCAUAUCUGGUGUGUCUUACGAUACUUGUUAUAACACUUAUGUCCGUUGAACGAUGGCUGCACAUGACUCGGCGAUCUUUAGUAACAUCACAAUAUGGAUAUCUUUUUGCUGUCCUCUCAUUGCUAGCACCAGUUCCCUUGGUUACUUUACAGGCAUUGAACCUCACAAGGGGGAAAAUGGAAAUAGAAACAAAUGCUGCAAUGGGCGCAUAUGGGCUAUCGUGUUACUUGGCCACCUCUGUUGCAUAUUUCAAAGUGUUCCGUAUUAUUCGACAGCACCAGCAACAAAUUCAUGGGAUCCAGUCUCGUCAAAAUUUUGGUGAACCAGCGAUCGACUUGGCAAAGUAUAAGAAAUCCAUCUUUUCAAUCUUGUACAUUCUUGCGUUGUUUUCUUUGUGUGUUUUGCCUUUCAUUGUUUCGCUUUUUCUUUUGUUCUUUUGGGUGAGGAUAACGGAAGUUAGGCGCCAUAUCACGUAUCUUUGGUGUUCUUACUUUCAGCGUCCUGUCUCAAUCCUGGUCUUUAUAUUUGGAGAAUGAAAGAUGUUCGUGAUGGAGUCAAACAGUUGUGUCGUUGCACAAACGGAUUCCACUAGAUUGUCAUCGUCGAGCAGAAUUGUUCUUCAGCACUGUCCAUAAAUUGGGUUCUUCGGAGAGCGACACAAUUUGCAACCCCUCGAUCCCUCCUCUCCAUUCAAAGUUGGGAUUUUUGUCGUUUAUUACAGAAAGCUUGUACAGAGGAACAACAUUGCAUGGAGGGGAAGGAAUUGAAGGAGAGCUAAAGUUUUCCCUUCUGAAGUCGGCAAAACGCCACAAAGGCUCUUCAAGGCAAAGUUUCUCUGACAGCUGAUUUUAUAGCUGAUUGUAGUAUUGUAUUAUCGAUCUUUCAUCUUUAUUAUCAGUGCUGUUAUAAAAGAUCUUUUUGAGGAAAAAAUUGGCAAAAGUCGAGUCCGGAGAAAGGUCAUGUUUUCUCUCCUAAAAUGAAAUAGAUGUUAGCAACUCGAAAAAUAAUAUAAAUUUCAUAAUAUACUAAAAGCAAUCAAAACAACAGUCAACAAAGAAAAAAAAAAUAGGAAACCGUACAUCGAAUUAAAUAGAAGUAAUUUCAACUCCGCACACACAGCUGCAAAAACUAAGUAAUUAAGUAUAUAUGAUAAAAUAUAUCAUCAAAAUUAAACAAUCAUUUCCUAUUGAAGCAGUUCCUUGUUAAGGAAGGUGUUCAUCAGUGAAUUGAACACGGUGCCUACUGUAUGCAAACUGUUCCAAAGUUGUGUCUUCUGGCCCUGUUUGUAUUUUAACAUAGUUAUAUGUUUUACCUCAUUUUAUUAACGCCGUCAUCCUCGGAGACCCAGGGGCAGAUAAAGGGGGCGAGGGAAAGUCUAAACGGGCGGAAAAAUAUAUACGGAACGAAAAAAAGUAAAGAAUGGUGAGAAAAGCCCCUGGGGACAAUGUCUUACCAGACUAGUUCCAAACGGUCGCCCCCGUUCUGGCUUCUGAUUGGUGCCAGAAAACUUGUGUUUUUCUGGCACCAAUCAGAAGCCAGAACGGCGGCGACCGUUUGGAACUGGUCUGGUAAGACAUCGUCCCCAGGGGCUCUUCUCGCCGUUCUUUACUUUUCUUCGUGCCACAUUUUUCCGCCCGUUUAGACUUUCCCUCGUCCCCACUAUCUGCCCCUGGGUCUCCGAGGAUGUAACGCCGUUAGAAGCUAACGACUUUCCUAUAAAUUUCUCAAGCCAAGCGGAGUCGUAAAAGACAUUUUUCACUCAGGAGUACUGAAGUAAACCGAGCUGCGUCGUCAUGAUGAACAACACGACUUGUCCCAUUCCAGUAAAUAUCUCCAUCUUUAGCACCCUGAGCACUGGAGCAAGUGCUAAAGAGACGGACAGUAUUUUAUUAGCAAGUCAUGUGAUCAUCGUUGUACUCGCGCCAGUAGCAGUGGUAGGAAAUGCACUGGUUUUGACGGCGAUUUGGAGAAAGUGUUUUCAGAGGACAACAUUUCACAUUCUUUUGAGUGUUUUGGCGUUUACGGACUUGUUGACUGGUGUUGCCAGCCCUCUUAUGUCCAUUCCCUAUUUGCUGAACCAUGAGUUUGGAGUCUCCAUGCCUGGCAUUCUCAUUAGUACAUAUCUGUUAUGUCUUACUAUACUCGUUAUAGCACUUCUGUCCGUUGAACGAUGGCUGCACAUGACUCACCGAUCCUUACUCACAUCACACCGUGGAUAUCGUUUUGUUGUUCUCUCAUUGCUAGCGCCAGUUCCUAUGGUUACUUUACAGGCAUUGAACCUCCUCACGAAGAAAAUGAAACUAGAAACAAAUGCUUCGAUGGGUGCUUAUGCGCUAUCGUGUUACUUGGCCACCUCUGUUGCAUAUUUCAAAGUGUUCCGUAUUAUUCGACAGCACCAGCAACAAAUUCGUACGAAUCAGUCUCGUCAAAAUUUUGGUCAACCGGCGAUCGACUUGGCAAAGUAUAAGAAAUCCAUCUUUUCAGUCUUGUGCAUUCUUGCUUUGUUUUCUUUGUGCAUUUUACCUUUCAUUGUUUCGCUUUUCCUCCUUAUUCUUUUGGGUAAGGAUGAAGGAAGUUGGGCACCAUAUCACGUAUCUUUGGUGUUCUUACUUUCAGCAUCCUGUCUCAAUCCUAGCCUUUAUAUUUGGAGAAUGAAAAAUGUUCGUGAUGGAGUCAAAAAGUUGUGUUUUUGCACAAACGGAUCCCACUAG